GCCGUGACGCCGCAUUUUAAUCAGUCGAUCCUUUUGUGGGUUCUUGAAAUUAAAGUGUCAGCCAGUUUAGCGACUUCCAUCGCUUCAGUUAGGUUUAUUCGCUGAGACUGAGUUGGUCACGAUUUGUUGAUCCUAGUAGAAUUAAAAUUAGAUCUCUAAACCUUUUGGUUUGUGAUAAAGUGUGUCGGAAGAAUCCGUCCACUCUCCUGGAAGUCCGUCCACACUCCUCAAAGAGUUUGCGUUGUCGUUUUUAUCUAUCCCGUCCGUCGUUCUCCGGUUUGAAGAUGAAUGAUCUGGUAAAGAUCCUAGUCGGUGGAUUCCUCCUAUCAACAGAUGAGGUUGUCAAUUCUUGCAGUGUCCGCCGUAUUUAACCCGGAUAUCGACAUUGUAUUCGCACCCUGGACACCGACCGGCAUAAAAUAUGUCCAACAGAAUUCCACUGUAGAAGUCAAAUGCUCGGCCAUGAGCAAUCGGAUGUUAUUUGUCGCCAAUAGUACUCUGGAAAGUAAUAGCACCGCUAAAUUCCGAUUUGAGGCGCCUUCAAUGGAGCUGCCGGGUGAUGACGGGAAAACGCACCGCUGCUCGCCGAUGGCCGCAGCCAAGAUUGAACGUUUUGGCGCGGAGAAUGUGGGCAAUUAUACCUGUUUGGUGACGAUUGGCGGUAAAGUUGAGGGCCACCGCAGUGUCUUCAUCAAUUAUUUUCCCAGCCUUAAUUUAUCUGGUACAGCGGAGAUCGUUUUCACUUAUCUCGGAGCCGACGAGGUGGAGCUGGUGUGCAGCACGCCGACGGUGCCCCACUGGGCGUUGGGCGGGGUCACCGUGUACUGGCAGUUUCCCAACGGGACCAACAUCACCAAGACUCAUGAACUGGUCCCCAAAUAUGCCGCUAACGGUUUGACGCUGACCAUCACCAACGUGUCGCGGACCGACGCUGGAGCGUACAAGUGUAUCGCCUAUCAGGUCGUGCCCAACGCCAGCGAUGACGGCAGCGAUCACAUCGAUGUGGCGUCGCGGAUGAUUACGUUGGCCGUCGAACGUGCUCCGGAGUUUUUUGAAUACCUGACCAAGGUGCAGCGUGGUGCCGAUAAUAUGGUCAAUCUGACUUGUGACGCCGUCACAGGCGGCGCGGUGGAUCCCGUGUUUACCUGGUCCCGCAACGGAACGGAAUUGCGCGAACUGGACGACAAGAACGCGCCGCCCUGCACACACCGCAGCUGCCCCAUUCCCUUCAGUGAGGACCACUCGCUGUUUGACGAUAUCCGCUGCACAGCCACGAAUGCUUUUGGUGAAGCGUCCAAGGCCUUCAGAAUCAUCGAUGGCAUCAAAACCGCAACCAGUAUGGAGGCCAUCCACCCGCCCGUUGGUUACAGCGGUCGAGUCCACCGCGAAACACCGCUGGUGUAUCCGUCAGGACCAUUCACCAAUGGACACUUUGGGAGCGGAUCGUUGAAUGUGUAUAAUGGACCGGUGUUCCCGGAUGUGAAAUCGGUUAAUCCGAUUAUAGUUCCGCCGGGAUAUGGUUUUGUGCAAGGUUACGGGUCUGUGUACGGGUAUAAUUUCCUUGUUCCCAUGAGAGUGUUCUAAGUACACCCCGUUCACGCCAAGUUGGCGGUGUGUCAUUUUAAUUUUCUGUUGAAUCGGGCAGCUUAUGUUUUGCCAAUCUUUUUAAAGGUUAUAGUGUAGUUUUCUUUUGCGCAUUUACUGAACAAAAACGUAAUGGAUUAUCGGUUGCUGUGU